UCGGGCUCCUUCUUCCACUCCAGAAGCAGCGAGCAGCCCGACCGUUUCCCACGCCUCCGCACCGCAAACAACCCCCCCCCCCCCUUCUUUCACCAAAAUCGACUUGAAUCAGCGAAAGAUUUAGAAAAAUGCGGAAACGACCGAUUUAAAACGCCUUUAGUGGGAAGUGUGCGUGUUUUAAAGCGGACUAACGAUGUUGGAAUUAAAUCAAAUCGGGCCUCUACUUUUUCCGCUGGAGUAGAGAUCACUACGCGUAAAGUUUUCAGUCGGAGUGACUGUUUCGUAAUGUCAACGGCCCUGAGUCGGUAACGAGCGACUUUUAUUGUAAUCUUUUUUUAAAACCGUUUUGAGCGUGGCUUGUGGCUUUUUAUGGACUCUUUUCUCGGCGGGAACCAGCUCGAGGAGGACUUCUUGUACGCCUCAGGAAUUCGACGCCAGACACGGACGCGUCAGUGAACGCCGCAGCAGCUAGCUAACGUCCAAACAUGCCGCAGCUAAACGGGGCAGACGGAGACGACUUGGGAGCAAACGAUGAACUUAUUGCGUUCAAAGACGAAGGGGAACAAGAGGAAAAGAGGAAUGUGUCCUCUGGACGGGACCUGGACGACGUGAAGUCCUCCCUGGUCAACGAGUCCGAGUCCAGCUCAGACUCAGAGGCAGACAGACGCCCCAGGACCAAUCCAGAUGCGGAGAGCAGGGCCAGGCAGAACUAUCUGUUUCAGGAAGCCCUGCGGAGGCAGCAGGACGCGGGUCUCUUCCAACACUCCCCCUAUGUUGGCUAUCCCUUCUUCAUGAUCCCGGACCUGGGGAACCUGUGCAGCCCCUACCUCGCCAACGGAGCUCUCCCACCAAGUGCCAGGACGUACCUGCCGUUUCAGUGGCCUCUGCUCGACGUCCCGGGACGAGCAUCAAUCAGAGACUCUGCUACUCCGACGCACCUGUCUAACAACGUGCCGGUGGUGCAGCACCCUCACAUGAGCCACCUCCACCCGCUGCUGUCCUACAGCCCGGAGGCCUUCUCCCCCCAGAGAGCCUCGCCGGGCUUCUCUCCGGACGCAGGGAUGUCGAGGACGCCCUGCUACCCGGUCUCUCCCGGAGGCAUGGCUCAGAUCCCGCACCCCCUCGGAUGGCUGCAGGGACAGGCGAUGUAUCCCAUCGCUGGAGGCUUCUCACCUGCCGCGCUGGCGAUGAACGCGUCCAUGUCGGGCCUGAUGUCGGGGAACUUCUCUCCACGGUUGGUGCCGACCUCCCAGUCGUCCAUCCCGCACCCGGCCAUCGUCCCGCGGGAGGUGAAGCAGGAGCCUGCAGGCAGCAGCCAGCCGGGAAGUGCCGACGUCCAUCAGGAGAAAGAAGACGAGAGGAAGCCGCACAUCAAGAAGCCGCUGAACGCGUUCAUGUUGUACAUGAGGGAGGAGCGGCCCAAAGUGGUCGCGCAGUGCAAAGUUAAAGAGAGCGCCACCAUCAACCAGAUCCUGGGACAGAGGUGGCACUCUCUCUCCAAAGAGGAACAAGCCAAAUACUACGAGCUGGCCCGUAAGGAGCGGCUGCUCCACUCCAAGCUGUACCCGGGCUGGUCGGCCAGAGACAACUACGGUAAGAAGAAGAAGAGGAAGAGGGCGAAGAGUGAAACUCAGUUUGAAGAUCCUGAACAGGACUUCCCGCUGCAGCUGAAGAGACCUCGCGUUCCGCCUGACGAGACGCCUCACACACACGCUGCUCUCCUGCAGCAGACCGCGCACGCGCACACACACGCGCACACACACGGGCACACACACGGGCACACGCAGCCCCGCUCGCACCUGUCCCAGCCGCACACCGUCUCCCACCUGACGCACACACACCUGUCCCAGGCCAGCCCCGCCUCCUCGCUGGACUCCCCGGCGACGCCGACCACGGCGCUGGCGUCGCCCGGCGCUCCGGCGCCGACACACACCGAGCACGCGCACACGUCGACACACAGCGAGCACGCGCACACGUCGACACACACCGAGCACGCGCACACGUCGACACACACCGAGCACGCUCACACGUCGCCGUACGCCGAGCAGCUGCAGCCGCUGUCCCUCACCACCAGGCCCCACCGGACGUCGCUGGCUCUGAGCCGCGCCGCCGUCCCGUCCGGACCCCCCACGCCCACGUCGUCCUGCGGCACCCCCGCCUCCUCGCCCCACGCGGCCCCCCCCUCCCGGUGUUCCCCCCCGCCCCCGCCCGCUCCUACCUCCGCUCACCGAUCGGCGGCGAGCUCACACGGUGCCUUCAGCCAGUCGCAGGCGUUCGCACGCAGGAGAACCAAUCAGCUGUGAGGAUCUGCUGUCACUCCGAAUCUUCACAUCCAAUUAAAAAACAAUGACAUCACAGCCUCAGUCGGACGUGAUUUGUUCCUCUUUUUUUUAACGCUGUACAUACGCUUUCUUUUUAAACUGGUUUUAUAGAUGAUCACGUUUUAUAUUGGUAUGAAAAGGACAAUAAUUGGUCAAUAUUUGACUCAUCUCUAAUGUCAUGAAAUGCGUUUUUUGUCUUUUUUCUGGUUCUUUUUAUGAAUGAAGUUGUAUUUUGGAGCGGUUCGGUUGGUCAACAUGUUGUUUCUUUCUCACCUGGUAGUGUUGAGUGUAAAUCUAUUUCCUGGUUCCUCCUCUGUGUUAAUAAAUCUUCACCAGUUCUGACACGC